AUGGAUUCCAAGCAUGCGUCUCUUGCCAGGAGAACGUUGGAAGAAAUCCGUCAAAAGAGAGCUGCGGAUCGAUUGAUCAAGGCCUCCUCUGGAUCUGAUCUAACCAAAGUCUCUAUCCCCAAUGAUGCUUCCGAUAUGAAAAAAACGGACAACGGAAGUCGGCUAUCGGAGAGCGACGUCAGUGGGCUUGUAUCCCAGCUGAAAGAUUUGCAGAAAAGAAACGCUCAAUUGGAAGAAGGAAAUAAGAACUUGACCAGUAAGCUUCUGGCUACAGAAACAGAAAAUGAGACAUUCAAGCGAAGUAUUACUGACCUGGAACAGAAGACUGUACCAUCCUUGAGGAAAGCUUUGAAAGAUGUUGCAAUGGAAAAAGAUGCUGCAGUUGUUGCAAGGGAGGAUCUGUCUGCCCAACUUCGCACAAUGAAAAAACGUCUCAAGGAAGCGGAAGAAGAGCAAUAUCGUGCUGAGGAAGAUGCUGCAGCUCUGAGAGCAGAACUGAAUAUGAUGCAGCAACAAUCGAUGAACACUUCAGUUAGUGGAAUAACAUCCUUUGGGUUUCCACAUGACAGCCUGCAAUCCACACAGAAGGAGCUUGAAAGUCUGAAAUUGCAGUUAGAGCAAGAAUCAAAACUGAGGCAACAAAUGCAGCAUCUUCUAGCUGAGGAGCAAACACAGAUCUCUUCUUUGACAUCGGAAAAGCAGGAACUGGAAGAGAAACUUGCUCUCAUCCCAAGGAUGGCCUCAGAGGAGGAGCCUUCAGAUAAGGCUGCAAAGAAGCCAUUUUCCUUGGAAGACAAAGAGAGGCUUGACAAACAGUUGCAUGAUAUGGCUGUAGUGAUUGAGAAAUUGGAGAGUAGCAGACAGAAGCUUCUAAUGGAGAUUGAUUCUCAAUCUUCAGAGAUAGAGAGACUUUUUGAGGAGAACUCUAGUCUCUCAUCUUCAUAUCAAGAGGCCAUGGGAGCUGUAGCACAGUGGGAAAGUCAGGUAAAAGACUGUCUUGAGCAGAAUAAGGAGCUCCGAGGAAUGUUAGAUAAGUUGAGAACAGAACAAGCAACAAAUAUGGAAAUCAAGAAAGACAUGUUAGAAACAGCUAAUAAAGGAGGAAACUCAAAUGGAACUGAUUUUCAAUCUUACCCAGAUGAAGUUCUUUCUUUGAGGGGUCAACUUGCUAAAGAACAGGGAAGAGCAGAUGGUUUAGCUGGUGAAGUAUUGCAGCUUUCUGCGCAUCUUCGACAAGCGAAACAGGCAUACGAUGGUCUAGCCCGACUAUAUAAACCAGUACUAAGGAACAUUGAGAGCAGUCUCAUAAAAAUGAAACAAGACCAUUCUUUAACUGUGCAAUGAAGACCAAAUUGACCAAAAUAUCAUUCUGUAUAAUCAAAUUUAGGGUCUUUUAUUGAACAUCCCACCCUAUAUUUACAUAUAUUUUUCUUCAUUGUUUUUU